AUGACUGCGCGAAGUAACGUAGACGAUGUGUCGUUCUACGAACACAACACACUUAUUUUCUACGUGAAUGGACGUCGAAUAGAAGAAAGCAACGUGGAUCCAAAGACCACAUUGGCAGUUUACCUCAGAGAUCAUUUACAUUUAACUGGCACAAAAAUUGGCUGCAAUGAGGGUGGUUGUGGAGCAUGUACAGUGAUGAUAAGUGAGAUUAACUUGACAAAUAAUGAAAUUCGUCACUGCUCCGCGAAUGCAUGUCUCAUGCCAAUUUGUGGAGUGUUUGGGAAGGCCGUAACAACAGUAGAAGGCCUUGGUUCGGUUGUCAGUAAACGGUUACAUCCAGUCCAAGAACGCUUGGCUAUAACUCACGGAUCACAAUGCGGUUUCUGCACACCAGGAUUUGUUAUGGCCAUGUAUACGUUGUUGAGGAAUAACCCAAAACCAUCGGAAGCUGAUAUAAACGAGGCAUUGCAAGGGAAUUUAUGCAGAUGCACAGGUUAUCGCCCAAUUCUGGAAGCUUUUUACAGUUUUGCUGUCAAAAGUGAUGGUGAGAUAAAGGUGAGCACAGAAAACGGAUGUGGGAUGGGCGAUCAGUGUUGUAAGGUGAAGAAGACGAACGGAUGUUCUGAAGAAGAGCCUGGUAAUUGCGCUACGAGCAACGGGGUUCGCAAGAAAAAUGGCACCGAUUCUCACUUUUCAUCCGAGUAUAGACAAGAGAAGCUGAAGCUAACGGACUUGUCGCAUGUGGCUGCCUACGAUCCCACCCAAGAGCUCAUAUUCCCUCCUGAAAUUCGUGUAAGAUCACUACACUUAUCUCCUUUUGCGUAUCAACAUCACGAGACGACUUGGUACCAACCAACUUCUUACAGUCACCUACUUGAACUCAAACGGCUUCAUUCACACGCUCGCAUAGUGUCUGGAAACUCCGAGCUAGCCGUGGAACUUAAAUUCCGAUUUAUUGACUUGAAAAUGAUAAUAAAUCCCCGUCAGGUCCCAGAUCUUCACGAAGUUCGACUACGCGAUGAUGGCGCCUACAUGGGAACGGGAUUGAGUCUUACUGAAAUGGACAACUACUUGAAGGACUACAUCUCCAAACUACCAGAAGAGCGAUGCGAAAUCUUCAAAGCAGUGCACAAAAUCAUGCAUUGGUUUGCUGGGAAACAUGUGAGAAACGUGGCGUCAGUUGCUGGGAAUAUUGUCACUGCUUCUCCAAUCUCCGAUUUGAAUCCGAUAUGGUUGGCUUCGAAAGCAAAGAUUGUUCUUGAAUCUGAAGAGAGGGGUGUGCGAUCGCCGACAAUCGAUGAACACUUCUUCCUUGGAUACAGAAAAACUGCAGUUGAGGCAGAUGAAGUUGUUAAAGCAAUAAUUAUACCGUACUCAGCAAAGAAUGAAAUAUUCCGUGUCUAUAAACAAGCCCAACGCCGUGAGGACGAUAUCGCCAUUGUUACAGGAGCAUUUAGUGUCGUCAUCGAUCCGAAGACAUUGAUCGUUGAAAGGAUUGGAAUCUCCUACGGAGGAAUGGCUCCCACCACCAAACUGGCGUUGAACACUAUGACCCAUUUGACGGGAAAGCUUAGCAGCUUGCGGCGUGUCGCUUCGCAAUCACUUCCAGAGCGGACGCCAUCGACAAAUCACAACAGAGGCUGUCGUGACUUUUGUCCCGUCUCAGAGUUCCCAUUGCCUCCUGGUGUUCCAGGCGGAAUGGCACGCUAUCGACAAGCCCUCACAAUUAGCUUCUUCCUGAAGUUCUUCCUAGAGGUGGCUAAGAAAUUCAAUAUAAAUGAUGUUAGCGAUCGUAACGAGAUCAUCAGCAUCGGACAAGACAUCCCGGAUGAAUUAGAGGCCACUCAAGUGUUUCAGCAGGUUCCAAUCGAUCAACCGCUUCACGACCCUGUGGGACGUCCUCUUCCCCACGUAUCAGGAGAGAAGCACGUGACCGGAGAGGCCGUAUACUGUAACGACAUACGGGUAGCAAAUUGUCUCCACAUGGCCUUCGUAAUGUCACCAAUCGCAUGUGGUACGCUAGGAUCUGUGGACGCAUCUGACGCAUUAGCAAUGGAUGGUGUACUUGCGUACAUCGAUGAUGACGACGUCAUGGAAGGUGCUAAGUUGGGACAUCACAGUGACACACCUAUAUUUGUUAAAGAUAAAAUCACUUACCAUGGCCAACCUAUUGGCGCCAUUGUCGCCGUCGAUCACGAAACAGCCAGGAGAGCUGCCAAUGCGGUGAGAAUAGAGUACAGCAGGGACCAACCUAUUGUCACAAUUGAGGACGCAAUCAGGGAGAACUCCUUCUUGGGACAACCACUGGUGAUUCAUUCUUCGUUACUAGACAACGAGAAUGUGGUGAAACACGACUGGAGCAAAUACGAGCAUGUGGUGGAGGGCGAGAUCAAGAUGGGCGGUCAGGAACAUUUCUAUCUGGAAACGCAGCAGUGUGUUGUCAUACCUCAUGAAGACGAUGAACUUGAAAUUCUUACUAGCGCACAAGGAGUUAAUGACGUCCAGAUGGAGACAGCGAAGUGCCUUGGAAUUCCAGCACACAAAAUUGUGGUUAAAGUAAAGCGAAUUGGAGGAGGUUUCGGCGGAAAGGAAAGUACAGGGCCACUGCUUUCAGUGCCGGCAGCUAUAGCUGCCAGGAAGUUAAGAAAGCCAAUACGCGUAACACUAGAGCGGUUUGAUGACAUGGCUAUCACCGGGACGAGACACCCAUUCAGGUUUAAUUACAAGGUUGCCAUAGACUCUUCUGGAAAAUUCUGCGAUUACGAAGUGUAUGCUUACAGCAACUGUGGCCAUACUUUAGAUCUGUCACUAGGAGUUGUCCAACGCGCCAUGGUCCAUAUUGAGAAUGUAUAUAAGUUCCCAAAUGCGGAUAUUUAUGGGCGAAUGUGCAAAACGAACUUGGCUUCGAACACAGCAUUUAGGGGCUUCGGAGGACCGCAGGGCAUGUUCUGCACAGAAACUCUUGUAAAACACAUCGCCGAACAGCUCAACAUGGAUCAUGACAAGAUCCGCGAAAUGAAUUUCUACAAGGAAGGCGAGUGCACACCGUUUGGAAUGCAUCUUAGGCAGAACAACAUUGCCAGGACCUGGUACGAGUGCAAAGAAAACAGCGACUAUGAACGACGGCUUCAACGAGUUCACAAUUUUAACAAAUCGAACAAGUACCGAAAGCGCGGAAUAUAUAUGAUGCCAACGCGAUUCGGAAUCGGUUUCGGAUUAAAACAACUGAAUCAGGCUGGAGCACUGGUUUUAAUUUAUACGGAUGGAUCAGUGCUAGUAAGCCAUGGUGGAAUGGAGAUGGGCCAAGGAUUGCAUACAAAAAUACUACAGAUUACUGCGCGAGUACUGGAUAUCCCCAUCGAGAAGGUGCACAUUCAUGAGACGGCAUCCGAUAAAGUCCCUAACGCUUCACCCACAGCAGCGUCUGUCGGCAGUGACAUGAAUGGAUUGGCAGUGCAGGACGCCUGCAAUAAAUUGCUCAAGCGGUUGGAGCCUUUCAAAAAAGCCAAUCCAAGCGGAAAAUGGGAGGACUGGGUCCGUCAGGCCUAUGUGGACCGCGUUUCAUUAUCAGCUACAGGAUUUGGCAUAAUUCACAGCGAAACUGUGGAUUUUUUCAAUGGCAAAGGAGCCGAGCUGUUUGGAUACUGUGUGUAUGGAACGGCAUGUUGUGAAGUAGAAGUGGACUGCUUAACCGGAGAUCAUUACUUGUUGAGAACAGACAUUGUCAUGGAUGUGGGUGACUCGCUGAAUCCAGCCGUGGACAUUGGCCAAAUUGAAGGAGCAUUUAUUCAGGGAUAUGGUUUGUUUACUCUGGAAGAAAUCAAAAUUCGUCCUGAUGGAAUACGAUUAACCAGAGGUCCUGGCAAUUACAAGAUCCCGUCAGCAGACGAUGCUCCUCGUCAAUUCCAUGUCCGGUUAUUAAAAGGGUCUAGUAAUAAAAUGGGGAUCUUUUCGUCGAAGGCUAUUGGAGAACCACCUCUGUUUCUUGGAGCGUGUGCGUUUUUCGCUAUUCGGGAAGCUGUAAGAGCCUUCCGAGAAGAGCGCGGGCUUCCUGGUUAUUUCCGAUUUGACUCACCAGCAACACCGGAACAGAUACGGUUGGCAUGUGAGGAUGAGAUUCUUCAAAAGGUACCACCACUUCCAGAAAAAGGAACGUACACUCCAUGGACAGUUACUCUUUAA